AUGCCCGAAUCCGAGAAGCGCGUCGCGGCGCAGCAAGCCGUAGACAUUCUCCACGAGAUUUCCACAAUAUUGAAUUGUCGCCUCGAUCGCCAGACACUGUCCAUCUGCAUAUCCAUGAUCGAGCGCGGCGUCCACCCCGAGGCACUGGCUCAUGUCAUCAAGGAGCUGCGUCAGGAGGCGGCACACCAGGUUGGCCAAGACGCCGCUUCCAGGUAG